GAGAGAGAGAGGGGGGGAGGACUCGUUCAAAGUUUAUGCAUCGAUAUGACUAUCGCCGGUAGCAAUCCAAACCCCAGGGCACCCCAGUGCGGAGAUCACGAUUUCUUCCUCCUCCUCCUUCGGCUUCCGUCUCCAUCACGUUGAGCGGAAAAUGGCCGCCGCCAUUAUCCCGUCGAAUCAUUGCAUACCGGAUCACCCUCCGUAUGCCCUGAUGAUCGCGGCUGCAAUCCACCACUUCGCGGAGGAGGACGGAUCGACGGAGGCGGCGAUCUCCGAUUACAUCCGCGCGAACUAUGACGGGCUUCCAUGGGCGCACGACCGGCUCCUCCCCUACUACCUCGGCAAGCUCACUCGCAUGGGCGAGUUCGCCCAGGGCGCGCCCGGUCGCUACGUGACGGCCCACGACGACCAAGGAUCGCCGCAGCCGCCAAGCAAGCAACCACAUGGGCCCGCGUCGAUGGCCCUCCGCCCUCACCAGGCCGUGGUCGCUUCCGCUCUGCCGCAAUUGCUGCCUCCUUUCAUCCCUAAGCGUCUCGGACGGCCGCCCAAGAGGAGCGGAGUCGGAAACCCUUCUAUUGAUCGUCAGUGCGGAUCUGAGCCAGCAAUGCCGCCGCCGUUGGUGGUGAUCGAGAAUGGCGACAACAAUUGCGGUGGUUCCUUGAAGCGUAAGCGCCGUGGUCGGCCUCCGAAGAGGGAAAGAAUAAUCGACGCGGGUGCGAUUGCCCGCACCAACUAUCACCACGGCCAAUCGAGAACAGAGUUGAUUCCUCUGCCAAUGACUAGGGAUGAUAAGAUUCUCGUGCAAUACGACAAGCAUAGUGACGAAAAAUUGGAGUUCAUACUCGCUCUCCCUUGCUACGAGGCAUCAAUUUCUACCAUCAGCAUCCGUGGUGAGGUCCAGCGUGACGAAGCAGAGCCAGUUAGUCCUGCAAUGAUCCGUGGAAAUACUGGAGACAAUGGCUUUGCAGUUCCCAAACGCCGAGGUCGCGGCAGACCACCAAAAUCAGGACGCUCCGAAGAACAGGAAAUCCCUAUUGCUUGCAUUGGAACCCAUGCCGUGGCGAUCAUCCCCGCCGCCGUCCCUGUUGUCAUGGAGCAAUUGCCUGCUUCCAUGCAUAAGCGCCGCGGACGACCACCCAAGAAGUGCGGAUGCUGUAAUGAUACCCAUAAGGAACCAAAGUCCACACAGUUGCUGUCUGAACCUGGCUCUCGUGGCGCCAAGCAACUACCCUCUCCCUCCAUGUCUAAGCGUCGCGGAAGACCUCCCAAGAGCAGAAGCAGUGUUUGUAAUGAUACUGGCCACACUGGGCCAAAGCAGGCAUUGGCACCGCAGACUACAGAGGUUAAUAGUGUCUCUGGAGACGGUUCCUCGGUGGUGCGUAAGCGUCGUGGACGGCCGCCAAAGAGGAGGAUGAUAAAUGACACAACACAAGAUGCUGAUCGUCAUGGUCGACAAGGACAGGCACUAGCAACAGCGGACGUCGACGCCUCUAUCGUCGUUCCAAUCCACAAGGCUCCUACUCUCCGUAAAGCUCGGAGCGUGAAGCGAUUGGAGUGCGUACUCGCAUUGCCGCGCCAAGAGACACUAUGGACUGCCACCGUUGUGGGCACGAGUCAGGGCAACCACGACGGAGCACCCUGGAGGGACGUUGAAAAAGAACCGGUGAAAACGGCCGCUGAAGGAGACACCAUUGGCAACGUAUUAGAGGGAGUUCCAGUGUGUAGAGGUUAGGAACGACCACCCAAAUGUCAGUCGUAGUAUUAGAGGGAGUUCCAGUGUGUAGAGGUUAGGAACGACCACCCAAAUGUCAGUCGUAGGGCUUGCGCUCUUUAUGAUGCUUAGUUUCAGAUAACUAACUAUUAAUUCAACG